AUGGCAAGACCUAGCCGUCUCCCGCAGGACGCCAAUGACCUCCUUCUGUACAAACCCCCCGAGGGAGUAAGCUUGAACACAGAGCCAGGCAUCACUGUUGGAGUGGAAGAUGAGAUUAGCGACACCAGCUCUCUGCGUGGCAUGUUUGCGGAAACGAACACGGUUCAAGUGAUUGUCCGACCCCCAAGCUACAUGCGCGGGCCGCCGGAUGUCGUCCAAUACGAUAGUCGCUCUGGAGACUUUGUCUGGAGAGAAAACACAUUCAAAAACUUUCCUGUCCAUGCUGUACAUGACUUCACGACACUGCGUCAACACCCGGAACUCGGCUUCUUUGACAAGACCGACUUCAUCUUGGCCCUCGAGUCCUUCCCCGAGCCAGCUGGCAACUUUGCCGGAAGCAAGGCGCCGUAG